AUGUCCACCGACAACAACACUUCGGCACCGACCUCCUCCACCGACCCAUCCCUACAACCUUUCCACCACGCCCUUUUCAAUGCCGGCCUGGCCGUCCGCCGCGCCGUGGUAGGCGAUUCGUACGUCGACCGCGCACUGGCCAACGGCUCGACCGAGUUCUCACGGCCCGGCCAAGAACUGGUAACCGAAUGGUGCUGGGGGUAUGCGUGGACGCGGCCCGGUCUGGCGCGCCGCGACCGCUCCCUGCUGAAUAUCGGCAUGUUGAUGGCGUUGAACCGGGCGCCAGAACUGGCGGUGCAUGUAAGAGGGGCCCGGCGGAAUGGUUUGUCGGAGACGGAGAUAAGAGAGGCGAUUUUGCACGCGACGACGUAUUGUGGGGUGCCGGCUGGCGUGGAUGCGAUGAAGGUCGCGGAAAAGGUGUUGAAUGAGAUGGCGGAGAAGGGAGAGAUGGAGAGGGAACUGGGGGGGAAGAGUGCGGAUGCGUGA